AUGUCAGGAAGAGGAAAAGGAGGAAAGGGAUUGGGAAAGGGAGGAGCGAAGAGACACAGGAAAGUUCUGAGAGACAAUAUCCAGGGAAUCACGAAGCCUGCGAUCAGGCGUCUCGCUCGUAGAGGAGGCGUGAAGAGAAUCAGCGGCUUGAUCUACGAGGAAACCAGAGGAGUUUUGAAGAUCUUUCUCGAGAAUGUUAUCAGAGACGCCGUGACUUACACCGAGCACGCGAGGAGGAAGACGGUUACUGCAAUGGAUGUGGUUUACGCUUUGAAGAGGCAAGGACGCACUCUUUACGGAUUCGGUGGCUAA